AUGAACGGUGAAUCUUCCAAAUCUACUAUAAGCAAAGGAAAAGGAAAGAAUGUAAGUUGUUUAGUACCUGAAAAAAGAAAGGAACCAGAAUCAGAUACUGUUAAUGAAAAAGUAGAAGUUCCGAAGCAAAAAAAGCCAAACUUAAAGGAUAUGCUGCUUGAUGAAAAUUUCGAAAAGUUGGACGAAAAACAUGUGUAUUGUCAUUAUUGUGAUAUGGGAAAAUCAAUCACUUUGCAUCGACCUAAUGAUGGAGAUCGCUUAUGGACUCAUCUUAACACUGCAUUACAUAUUAGUAACAAAGAAAAAGAUGACAAAAGUGUAUCUAAAAGAGUACGAACAACCUUUAUUUCUCAAUACGUUAAUAUUGAUUAUGAUUGUGAUUCACAACAAAAUGAUGAUGAUUUGCAAUGCAAUAUCAACUCACGAUACAAAGUGUGUGCAUCUUUAGCUUUUAAUGAAUCUUUUAACAAACGUAACCGCCGAAUGAAAACUCUUAUUGUCCAAAUUGAUUGUUUAUUCCUUCUUAAAGAAGGGCAAGAGAUUCCUCAAAUUAUACACAAUCAAUUUAAUCAUAGUUCAGAUGCUAUAUGGCUUAAAAUGGAUUUUCAACAUCUUUAUAAUGUUGUCUCAAAUACACUCAAACAUCGACUUGGAUCAACUACAUCUGACGCUCUCAAAAAUCUUCUUAGUUAUGUUACUAUUGAACUUAAAGAUCAUUCCUAUCAUUCACUUAUCAAAUCAUAUCCAGCACUUGGUCAAAUUCUGCAAGCUGUUGAGGCAAAUGGACUUGAAGAUUGGAUUGGAAAAUGUGCAGCAUUUAUGAUUGACAAAACUAUGGAUGAACAACGCCCAGUAUUUUUUGGUAUGGCACAAGCAGUUACCAAGGUUCUUGAUAAAAUGGAAUGUGAAGUAACCUCAAUGCGUGGAAUUGGGAAAUACAAUGAAACUGGAGCAACAAUUCAAUUUUUACGUAAGAAACGAAAUGAAGAUAGCCAGGAGUUUAAUAUUCAUGGUAUUAAUCCUUGUGUAUUUGAAGAACUUAUUGCAAUCUGGCGGACAGCAUACAAUUAUAAUGGUCCAACUAUAUGUGCAAAAGAUCAAACAAAAGUUGCUGAAAUGAUCGAAGUUUGCAGAACACGUCAGCAAUGGGCUACAUAUAUUACAGUUUUUGCAUUAUCAGCUGUUUUACCGGGUAUUCUGCCACUAGUAUUAGCUGUGAUACCAUCAAAUCAAAAAGAGACUAAAGCCGAUGCAUUUUUAGAAAAUAAUACAGUUUUAAAAGAAUUAAUAAAAUUGGGUGCAAAACCCAUUGGACUUUAUUUUGAUGGUGCUGCACAUGAUCGGUCUUGGAUUGGAAAAACUUAUAGCAAAAAAUCAUCAGUUUUUAAUGAUCUUAAUUUAAUAUCGGAUGACACAUUUUUUUCAAAAAAAUUUCCCAUAGAAAUUGGGAUAUUAUCUGAUAAUGGUCGGUCUUUAAUUAAUGGAACUGAUGUUUUUCAUUGUGUUAAAAAAGGCCGAAACAUGCAUAAUGGAGGUGCACGAAUUUGUCCAAUUGGUAAUUUUAUUAUGUCAACUGAACAUCUUUGGUAUUUAAAAGAGCAAUAUGGGAGUAAAUCAGGAUUGACAAAUGAAGUAUUAAAUCCGAAAGAUAAACAAGCAGAUGAACUAGCAGAAAGAUUAUUUUCUUCUAAUAAUAAUGAAUUAAAUCUAAUUUAUUUAAAUUUAGCAAUAGUUCAACAUGCUAUUGAACACAAUGAUGAUUCGUUUUAUGGAGAUGCUAUGUAUCAUUUUUUUGCAGGUUUAUUGUUUGAAUCAUGGAAAUCACGUACAAUGGAACAUUUAAAAAGAAUUCAAUUUGCAUGGGCAGCAACGAUAUUUUUCGCAAUGACACGUCAUUACUUAAUAUCAAAUCAGUGCCAACGAAAUUCUCAAAAAUAUGGCAUUUCUUGGCAAUCAAAUGAUGAUUUUAUUUACCUUGGCACUAUUUUAAUACUUUUAAUUCAUCAAUUUCCAAAUCAUUAUGCUGGAAUUCCAUUAUGUUUUUGGCUUAUUUCCACUGCUUUUUUGGAGCAUAUAUUUGGUUAUGCAAGACGAAUUAUAGAAGAUUUUACUGUGUUGGAUUUUUUAAUGAUGAAUGAAAAAAUAAUUAAAACAAUUUCAACCAAAAUGAAAGAAAACCUAAUCCGACCAAAUAAUAAUGAUGGAUAUAAUAUUCAUCUCUCAACUGCAAAAGAUAGACUUCCAGAAACUCUAUCAGAUUUUCUGAAUAUUUAUGAUAUAGAUUCUAAUAUGAUAAAGAAUACUUUAUGUACUUUUAAACACAAUAGCUUUGCGUCGAAUCUUAUCAAUAUUACUGAUGAUGAUAAUAAUAAUACUCAUGAUGAUGAUGAUGAUAGCUUAUCUGAUCAAACUUCUGAAGAUAGUACUCAAGAUACUCAGAUUAGUCAGAUGCUAUUACAACAUCAACAGCGCAUUAUGAUGAGAAAUAAUUUGCCAAAUGUUCUUGAUCAAUUAGUAUCUGAGAGUGAUGAUAAAUUUGAAUUAGAGCAUAACACUAUAGAUAAUUCAUUUUUUGACAUUGUUAAUCAUGAUGUGCAACAAAAAAAAGGAGUAGAUCGUAUGUUUAUUAUGCAAAAAAUGGAAGAAACUCGUGGUAAAGUAUUUACAAUAUUACAUAUAAGAAGUGUAUUACAAAGGGUUUAUUACACUAAAUUAUAUUUCUUUUUAGUUAUAUUUGACGAGUAUACUCAAAAAGAACAUCAGAAAUCCAAUAAUAAGGCGGCAAAUAAUCUAAAGAAUUUUGUAGUUGAAACAGAAAAUGGCCCAAUUGAAUUAGCAACUGCUUUGAGAUAUGAACAAAUGCGUGCUAAUACAAAACCAAUUAGAACUAAAGGACGUAUUUCAAGAUGGACUACAGCAUGUAAAAAAAUAUUUGAAACUACAAAAAUAAAUCUACAAGCAUCUACAUUCAAAGCUGGAAGUUAUUUUUUUUUUAUAGAUAAAUUACAAUCAAUAUUGAUAGCAGAAAUUAUAGCAGUAUUUGUGAAACGUGGUGCAAGUUAUGUUAGAGUUGACAUGUCAGAUGGAAUAAAUGCUGGUCGAAUCCAUGCUAGAUUUUUUGAACGAUCACCUGAUUCUAAUCACGAAUUUUUACCAAUAAUUGCAAAAAAUAGAGCGCAAUUUGCAUGUGAGGCAUAUUCAUUUCGAUUUUUUGCAGCUUUAGGUAAUAUUGAAACCACUAUUCAUGGUACUUCGAAAUGGAUGGAUAAAAGAUUAUUUCUGUCUGACUUACAAUUAACAUCUUAUUAUUAUUGGAAAAAUAAUGUUAUUGGUAUUGAAAAUAGCAUUAUAAAUGCUGAAAAUAUUAUGAAAAAUGCAAAAAAACAGGAUGAUGAUAAUUAA